ACCACUUGAUGGAAUUCGUUGUCAACGGUCACUUCGGUACAGGUGCAGAUGCACUGCCAAAUAAUGUCUCGUCGGCGUCAGUCCGAGUGUAUGGAGAACUAGAAAACCUUAAGAUGCUAGAUGAACUAUUCUUAAUGUCCGUGCGUGUGUCAGAGGUGUUAGACCAGCUGGGUUACAGUGAGUCCAUGGUGAGAUAUCGUUGUGAAGCGACUGAACGGUUGGAUGGGAUACUAAACAGACACCGGACGGACUACUUUGGGAUCACUAUUGGCAGUAAGCAAGAGGGCUAUUGUUGCCCUUUUGAGAGUGAUAGAGACGUGAUGUUUAUCCACAAAACAGUCAUAUGUAGACUGCAAGUCGCCGGAAGCAGCCCAUUGCCUGACACUCACACCGAGUUCAUCAUGGACAAUGAGUACUGCAACCCUGGGUAUUACAGACUGGAACUUAAACACAAGGCUGAAGGAGAAGAUUCCAAUAUUACAGCUGCAAUGGUUGAACACAUCAAUGGAAGAGAAUAUGUCUCUAGUGAAAAAUACACAUACCUCUUUCGUAAGUCUUUUAACCUCAGCACCGUAUCAGGCCCUGCUUUGACAGAAUGCAACGAUUAUCAAAGUUGGGACUAUGUCUUUGCACUACCUUGCAUCAGUCAAAAACAAUUGCUCUCCGAGUGGAUUAACAGACCCAGGUACCACAACUGGCCAUCGCCGGAGCUGAUACAGGAAAUACCGCAGCUACCAGCAUACCUAGUUCCUGUUGGUUGUAAGAGCAGUGAAAAUAAACACAUGGAAUGGAGAGUGUGCUUCAUAGGUGAACUAAAACUCACGGACAGUUUCAUGGAAUCUCAGUAUAAAUUAUACAUAUUACUUAAAUAUAUUAACAAACAUGUUCUUAAGCCUAUUUGUAAGGACAUGUCAUCCUUCAUUAUGAAGAAUGUUGUAUUCUGGUAUGUUGAAUCUACUUCACGUGAAUCGUUUUCGAUUCAUAAUCUGGUUGUUAAUAUCAUUUCCUGCUUAAAAAUGCUACAACAAUCAAUCAGAGAAAACAACCUUCCAUAUUACAUGAUCCGGGGCAGGAACCUCCUUAGAGGCAGAAUUAAUCUGACACAACAUCAUCACCUGAUUGCUAAGCUAGAUGAGCUGAUACAAGAAGGACCCAUUGUGAUUAUGAGAUGCCCUAAAGUGCGUUUAGCCUUGCAGAUGCCUUCAGCUGAACUGAUAAAGCAGGGGCGAUGGAGGGACAAGCUCGAGAAGCUGUGGGUGGAGAUGUGGAACAUGUGGUGGGCUUACUGCUUACCUGGAAUAGAGGUGGAGGAGAUGUUUAGGCAGGCAGGAAGAUCUCAUAGCUUCAUCAAUGUAUGGCAAGAGAUGAAUGACUUGGUAUGGCCGCAGUGGAGACUAUACCAGGGACAAGAUUUUCCGACCAUAUACAGACGAAAAAUACUAAUUGCACUAAAAUAAUGAUGUGGCAAAUGUUAAGAUGACCAAAGCAUAUAAUACAUCAGCACCUUGUAUGACCAUAACUAAAAACACUCUAAAUCUUUGAUUCAAGUUUAUUGUUUUCACGUUUUCAUUUCUUCAUUUGUAGUUUGUAUAAAGAGGCCGAUGAUUUUUCCAUUUACCUUUAGUUAAUAGCAGAUGAAAAGCAUUUCAUGUUUGGUCAAUAGCUUUUAUCAAAGUUUAUUGAUGCUAUUCUCCCCGUUAUCGUAUUGGGGAGAAACUUUUCUCAACGUUGCCAUUUCAAAACUGGUUUGGGCAGUUUUUGUCACUUUAAAGCGAUAAUUGAAAAGCGGGAAAGGGUGUUUUUAUGUUAUUUAUACGAAGACAUUCAUAGGUCGACACUGAGUAAAUUUAGAUGUGGUGAAGCCCCUCUACGAAUUGAAACUGACAGAUAUAAAAACUUACCUGUUGAAGCUAUAAAAUGCCCUUUUUGUGAUACUGUAGAAAAUGAGUCUCAUGUUAUCGUUGAGUGUAAAGAAUAUGAUGAUUACCGUGUUACAUGGUUUGCUAAGGCCGUUAAACUGAUAUCUUAUUUCUAACUAUGAGUAAUACUGAAAAGUUGAAAUUUAUACCCUGCCAUUCUGCAUUGCUACGACUUGCUGCCAAAACCUGUGAUUUUAAACUGUUGUAUCUGUGUAAACAGUCAUUGCGGUCAUGUAUAUACUUUUGAGUGUGUAGAUGUUUGUUUAUUGUACUUUGUGAGGGCUAUAUUUUAAAACGUCACACAAAUGAUAUUGGUUCCUUAUUAUUAGGUGAACCUUCUAUAUACUGGUCUAUUAUUCCAAGUUCACCUACCUGUUUUAGUGUUUCUGGGAGCUUUUGUCAGUAAU